AAGGGCUGGGGCUGUGACGGGUCGUAAGGACGAGCUCGCCCGGGGCUGUGGGGCCGGGGCCGUUCACACGCACAGGCCGGGAUGCUCAAUCCCCAUGUUCCGGGUCUCCAUCACUUCUCCCAUCCUGACCCCGCUCCGCCGCUGCGGCCCGGGAUCAGGCUCUGUCUCCCCGCCCGGCGGCCCGGACCUGCUCCCGCUCCGCAGCGUGUCCCUAGCGGAGACGGCGGCAGUCCCCGCCCCCGCCGAAGCGUGCCCCCUUCCCCCGCGGGUUCCGGCUCCUCCCCCGCGUGACCUGAGGCCGCCGGGUGGGGAGGAGGCACCGAGCCAGCCGGGCCCCAGUGCGGCGGCGGCAGCGGGAGGAGGCGAAGCAGCGCCGCGCAGCCCGGACCCGCCGCCGCUCGGCUCAGCCGCCAGCCGGCUCCCCGCGCCCGCCCGCUCAUGCCGGUGUGGUGCUGCCGCUGCUCCCUGGCCCGCCACUUCAGAAAUUACAGUGGCCCUGAAAGCGAGGGACAACUGUUGAGCUCCUUAGUGCAGCAUUUUGGUGACAGCCUUGGGAGGAAAGAUAAAAGAAUGCCCUUGCUAGAAGAAACCACUCUGACUGGGGACCCGCUCCUGACUGUGCCAAUAGUGAUAAUAGGGAAUGGACCUUCAGGAAUUUGUCUUUCUUACAUGCUGUCUGGGUAUAGGCCAUAUUUGUCUCCUGAAGCUGUACAUCCAAAUCCCAUUUUGCAUAGUAAAUUAGAAGAAGCUAGACCUCUCUCUAUUGUUGACCAAGAUUUAGAAUAUUUGUCAGAAGGUCUUGAAGGACGUUCUUCCAAUCCAGUUGCAGUACUUUUUGAUACACUGCUUCAUCCAGAUGCUGACUUUGGCUAUGAUUACCCACCUGUUCUGCACUGGAAGCUAGAACAGCAUCAUUAUAUCCCACAUAUAGUGCUUGGCAAAGGACCGCCUGGUGGAGCUUGGCAUACUAUGGAAGAUUCUAUAUUGACAAUCAGUUUUGGAGACUGGAUGGAGUUACCAGGACUGAAGUUUAAGGAUUGGGCAGCUAGUAAACGCAGAAGUAUAAAGAGUGACAGAGUUAUGCCAGAAGAAAUAGCUUGUUAUUAUAAACAGUAUGUUAAAGUCAUGGGCCUCCAGAAGAACUUCAGAGACAAUGCUUACAUAACAUCUGUUUCAAGACUUUACCGAGAACAGGAUGACGAAGAUGAAAGCCAAGCGAGUGAAGAUAUUUCAACACAGCAUUUGCAAAUGGAAAAGGAAGAUGUACAGUCAUCACUGAUCAAGAGAAAUUGGGAAGUCAGAGGUUAUCAGAGAACAACAGAUGGCUCUCAGGUGCCCUUCUGCCUCUUUGCUGAGAAUGUGGCUCUUGCGACUGGAACUUUUGAUUCUCCUGGCCGACUACAGGUUGAAGGAGAAGAAUUUCCUUUUGUGUUUCAUUCCAUGUCUGACUUUGGAGCUGCCAUCAGCAAAGGAAAACUACGUGGGAAAGUAGACCCUGUCUUAAUCGUGGGUGCUGGACUCUCAGCAGCUGACGCAGUACUGUGUGCUUACAACAAUAACAUCCCUGUAAUUCAUGUUUUUCGUAGAAGGGUUACUGAUCCAAGUUUAAUUUUCAAACAGCUGCCUAAAAAGCUUUAUCCUGAAUACCAUAAGGUCUAUCAUAUGAUGUGUACUCAGUCACAUGCUGUGGACUCUAAUCUGCAUUCUGCUUACACCAGUUUUCCUGAGCACCGUGUACUUUCCUUCAAGCCAGACAUGAAAUGUGUCCUACAGAGUGCCUCUGGAUUGAAGAAAAUCUUCAAGUUCUCCGUAGCCUUAGUACUGAUAGGUUCUCACCCUAAUUUGUUCUUUCUAAAGGACCAUGGUCAGGGGAUAGGUCAUAGCCCAAACCAGCCAAUCACAUGCAAGGGUAAUCCUAUUGAGAUUGAUCCAUAUACUUACGAGUGCACUAAGGAAGCCAAUCUUUUUGCAUUAGGCCCACUGGUUGGAGACAAUUUUGUACGGUUUUUAAAAGGAGGUGCACUGGGCAUUGCACGAUGUUUGGCUACAAGACAAAAGAAGAAACAUCAACUAAUUGUUGAAAGAGGCGGCGGUGGGGAUGGGGUCCCCUAAAACAUGCGGUCAUAUAAACUUUCAUAUAUGGAAUUGCAGGCAUACUCUAACAAGCAACACAUUGACAGCUAAAUUCAUUAGUAGCCUCUUUUUUGUUAUGUAUACAAGUCAUGCUUGUAUUGCCUGGUAGAGGAUGCUGACACUACACUACUUCACCCCUUUCAAAAGACGGAAGUGUGGUCUGCUGUUUUAAGUGCUCUGUCCCCCAACUGGAAUUUCUUCCAGAUAGACAGCAAAUGAGACUAACUUACAUUGACUUGCCUGUGGUCUCUUGCUCCAAGGAAAGAGCACACUUACGCUCUGGAAAGAGAACGUCUGCCCUAGCACUGCCUUUUCUUCUUAGUAUUUCACCACACAAAAUAUACUUAUCGUGAAAGUAUAAAUCAAAGUUAAGUUGUAAGAGCAGAAAGCUUUCCUUGUGAUGAUCUUUGGUCUCAAAGCAAGUGUGUGUAUUUUGAACAAGGAUUAUAUUUAUUUUGCCAUAGUAAUACUGGCAUUUGUAUAAACGUUUAUUUAGCCCUUAGUAAAGCAGUCUUUACAAGAAAUGAAGAGGAUUUCUACAAGUAGAAAAACAUUGGCUUAACAGUUAAACCAGAUCCAUCAUAAUUUGGUACUGGGAUAAAAGAGAGAACAGCAUUCCUUUAAGCUUAGUUGCUAAUUUGACAAUCCACUAAUGUUUUUGUCAAGUGUAUGCCUACACUUCCAUAAGUGCAUAAGGACCAUAAUAUAGGGAUUUUAUAGAGAUCUAUUCUCUAUUACACUGCUAUGUAACUUUCCAAGAAUAUUCUGGUUUACAGUAAAAUAAUAAAGUGCUGAUGUAAGUGCUCUUACGACAGUGUCAAGAUAGUGAAUACCUAAUUUACUUUUGAAAAAAAAUCUGUUUGAAAAGGAAAUAUUGUUGAGAAGUAACUGUAAAACCUGUAAACAAUUUUUCUCACAAUACCGCUAAAGAAGACUGAAUAGGAUCUCUUAUCAGGUGGAGAUAGAGAGCAGACACUCCCAUCUUCCCUUACUAAGUCCAAGCACUGGCUCCUGCUCUUUUCUAAGACCAGUAGCAGUUCAUGUGCUUUGAAGGGAAUGCUGGACCUACUCACCUGGCAACCCACUAGAAGAGUUCAUCCGAAGUUGUAGAAAAUUUAAAUCCUAAAUGUAAUCGUUCAACCCAGCUUUGAGAUUAGUUUUGUUUGUUUUUUUUAGACCUGUCACCCUAAGGGGAGAAAAUGGAAUCUAUUUACUGGGAACCUGCUCUAAGAUAAGUAAACUGAAUACAGCUGGAUAGGAUGAUUUAGUGUAAUCAUAACUGGAAGAAAGACAAUUGGCAUUCUUCUUGAUGGUCUUCACUGAUGGCAAGAAAUGAGCAGUGAGGAACAAUAGGGAGAGAAAGUAGGAAAGAUGACCUAGGAAAGAUUCCCCUAUGACCCUGGAGGGUUUAAAUUGGGACCAGAGACAGGAGUAUCGCCCUCCUGAAGGAGGUCUCUGCAGAUGCUUGCAAACUGAGUUUGUAGAUCUGGCAAAAGUGGAGAGACUACUAUAGUGCAGCCUUACAUCGCUCUCCCUACUAAGGCUGAAGUUCUGACCAGCAUGUGGCCAUGCUCCAUGCAAAUAAGCCUAGAUGUCUUUGGAUGCUGCAUUUCUGGAAGCCUUGCAUUUUCUACUAUGUAACAGUGAAUCCAUCUGGUUCCUGAAGCUGCAAAAGACUUGUUAAACUUUGUAUUUAGAACAAAAAACAACGUGGAAGAGUUUCUCGGUACUACUUGUGGCUGUUUUUGAACUGAGCUGACAAAUGGGAGCACAUUACCUCAACUGGGGAGAGAAGGAGCAUUUGGAAUAAAACUGGGAGACUGUUUAAGAACUGUUUUGCCUUCCUGAAAGAGGAAAAAGUGUCUUACUUGAAAGACCUAUACUAUCUGGGACUCUAAAGUGAUGGCAACUGAAAUAUGUUUUGACAGAGAAAGCAAGGCUUUGUUGACAUUAGCAUUCAAAUGGAGUCCAAGUAAUGGUCUUGAAGAUGUCAUUCUGGUCCUUGCAGGGGAAAUUGUGAGAAGGGCUUUAAGAGGUUUGGCAAGUUUGAGGAUGAUAGAGGCCAAGGAAGAUCUGGAUUUAAAACACUGAGGGCAGAAAGUUGCACCUUCAAGGAGUUAAAGCUGAGACCUAUGGACAGAUCUUCAUGCAACAGUUGAAUAGUAGCCAGCAUCCCUGGGGCUAUUCUUUAUUCCUCCCCUUAGAAAAAUUUCUUUGUGCCAAGACUUUCUUUCUAGAUGAGUGCAAUGUAAAGAUAAUUUGUCCAGAAUAUCUCAAGUCAGAUAACAGCUUAGAGACAGAGGGAGAAAUAUUAAGCCCAGGUCAGAGGGGAAGCCGUGAGACCAAAAAGGAGGGCUACCAUAGCUGAUAUAUGCUACUAGAAUUACUGUCCCAUCCACCUUUAUUUUUGUACUGUGUUGUGUCUUGGAGGAAUGUGGAAAAUGCAUAGCAAAGAUUGUGACCACUGAUGUGACAGAAUAUGUAUCCCAGAGGAAUCUGAGUUCUCUCUGGAAAAAUAUUAAUCCCUUUAGCUUUUUGUCAGCUUGCAGACAGGUCUGCCUGGGGCUGCGCUAGCUCUGUCUGGAGUAGAAGACCCAUUCCAUUUGGCUUAUUGAUUGCCUGUGGAGCCAGUUGGUGUUGAUGAUGCUUGAGAGUGGUUAAGGCAGAGAUGAAAGACGAGGGGUAAAAUUUUCAAAAGCACCUACAUAGAUAAGGGCUUUGAAGGUAAGGACCAAAUGUUUGUCUUCAAUAUAGUGGAAAAAGGGGAGCCAGAGGAAGGAUUUGAAACAUAGGGCCAGGAUCAACUAGGAAACAGCUUGGCAGCAGUGUUCUGAAUGGACCCAAGGUGGGUGUAGUUAAAGUUAGAGAGGAGGUGGUUCCAAUAGUCAAGUCAUGAUAUGAGAUUAAACAAGAGGUUUGACAAUCUGAACAAGGAAAAGGUUGGUUCUUAAAGAUAUUGAAAUGCAGAAAUUUCAAGAUUUGAAUACAGCUUGAUUACAAGGGUUCAGAGAGGGAAGUGUCGAAAGUCUUGGAUGUUGGCAGGAACAAUGGAGCUCGGUCUUUGCCAUGUUCAAUUUAAGUUACCAGAUCAGCCAAGACAGUGAUUCUCAAUCUUUCCAGACUACUAUACCCCUUUAAGAGUCUGAUUUGUCUUGCAUAACCCCAAGUUUCAUCUCACUUACAAACUACGUGCUUACAAAAUCAGAUAUAAAAAUACAAAGUGUCACUGCACACUAUUACUGAAAAAUUGCUCACUUUCUCAUUUCUAACAUACAAUUAUAAAAUUGGAAUAUAAAUAUUGUACUAACAUUUCAGUGUAUAUUGUACAGAGCAGUAUAAACAAAUAAUUCUGACAUUUUAGUUUGUACUGACUUCACUAAUGCUUUUUAUGUAGCCUGUUGUAAAACUAGGCAAAUAUCUAGAUGAGUUGAUGUACCUCCUGAAUACCUCUGAGUACCGACAGGGGCAUACGUACCGCUGGUUGAGUACUACUGAGCCAAGAUGUGGAAUAGGUCCUGAGUAGUGAGGCACAUAUUUGAGUCAUAAGCACAAAGAUGGUGGUCAGAGCCUAUGAAAGUGGGUAAGAUUGCCUAGACAUUUCAUCCAGGCUGUGGAGCACAAAGGACAGAUAUGUGGAAAACAGCUACUGAAAGAGAGGGGAAGGGGAAGAAAGACCCAGCAAACAACAUGCUGAAGGGAAUAAACAUAGUAGCAAAGGAGAGCCAUGGAAGCCAAUGGCUAACACGAUUUCAAAUACUAGAUGGUCAUAAAGUGUCAAAAGGAGAGUGAAGAUGGAGCAGAAGCUUCCUUUGUCCAGGAAGAAGACAGUGGAAUGAAGAGGGUAGAAGAUGGGUAUUUCAGGAAAUGAUUGAAAAUGCGGUUGACUCAGUUUGGGAGUUUGGGCAAUAAUUGGAAAGGCAAGUGAGGUCAAGGUUGUGGUGUUUAAGAUGGAGACUAAAGGAUGCUUAUAUUGUGCAGGGAAGAAAAGUGAGAAUGGAGCCAAAGAGGGUGAGAAGUGGGAUGGGAUGGGGUCCCGGGAGCAGAUGAAAAGGCUAGAGAACAGCCAAGAAACCUUAGUGGUAGCAAGUGGGUGAGAAGGGCCUGCUGGCGAUCAUGUCUAAGACCUGAGAUACCUGCCAGACCGCAUGGAGAGGUGGAGGGGAAGUGCAGCACAAGCACUAGACUGCCUGAGGAGGGAUGGGGGAGAGCACAAACAGUUUUGAAAUUUUUUGAUGACGCACUGUCUGCUGGUCAUCGAAGCACUCACCUAGGAUGUGGGAGAACUGCGUUCAAAAAACUGCUCCAGAGCACAUCCCGCUUCCCAGGUGAGUAACUGCUGGGCUAGGACUCUCUCCUAUUGGAGCAGUUCUACUGUAUAUGUAAUUAAAUAUUCAUUGGAGCAGGGACUUGAAUCUGAGUCUCCCACAUCCCAAGUGAGUGCCCUUACCAAUGGGCUAUAGUCAGUCUCUCUCUGUGACCUAAUGAAUAUUUAUUUAUACAAGAACAGCUCUUGACAUGAGAGAUUGAGACUCACUUCAGAAUAACCUAUAGCCUGGUGGUUAGGGCAUUCACCUGGCUUCAAGUUCCUGCUCUGAAUUAUGCAUGCUUCCAGUUGUCUUUAGUGACAGGUAUCAGGUCUUAAGUGUGCUCAGAGCCUAUGGGAUCAGGCCCUGGUAGCAAGAUAGCUUUGAGAAUCCUGCUUUGGAGCUCAACUUGAGUUAGGAGUCCAAUCCACAAUGUGGUGUCAGCAUUUAGGCUCCUACUAGGUUAGAUGGCAGGUGACUGGGGCCUUUGCAGAAUACCAAUGGUGCCUAAAAUUUUGGACUGAGGUAUCUAAAUGCCUUUGUGAAUCUGGGCCAUUAGCCCUGUUUCACAGGUAGGGAAACUGAGGCACAGAGCAAUGAAUGGACUUGACCAAGGUCCCCUAGCAGGUCAGGGGCAGAGCUGAGAUAUCCUGACUACCACUGCUCCCACUGAUAACCUUUUCUUCAUCACCUCAACUUUGUCAAGAAUAAUUAUUCUCUCUCUUCCUUGGUUCACAAGCAUCCCCCUUCCCAUACAGAGAAUGAAGUUGUCGUCUUGUGGCUUUUGGAGGACUUCUGCUUAUUUUUCUUGGACAGAGCCCCUUUCUGUUUGGACAAGGAGUCAAGAAAUGGCAUUUCUCCUCAUUCGAAGAUAAGUAACCUGUGCAGAAGGAAACUUUCCCAGAAGAGGAAUAGAAAAAGGGAUGAAUGCUCAUUACAGCCACAAAAUAAAUCAGUAAAAUCAGGCUCCCUGAACAUGCAGAGCUACUGGCAGGUUGAGCAAUUCUUAGUAUUCUCUUCAACGUGCUUGAGCUGUAUCUGUCCUGAGGAAGAUGUGUGCAAGCCAUUUGUGAAUGAUGGAGAUGUGUGUGUAAAAAAAAAAAAAGCCUUCUCAAUUUCAUCACGUACCUUUUUCCUCACCAUGUGAAAGAGCUGUGUCGUCUUUAUAAGCCAAAUACUGCGGCCACAUAUGAGUACAUUUACACAUGGGAAUAGUUCCCUUAACAAGUGCUUUAACUUGAAGCACUAGAGCCUAUACAUUAUAUACUUUUAAUUUGUUAGUAGUGCUUACUGAGAUUAUAGAAAUAGAGGUGAAGUGGGUUUUGAAAAGAUUCCUAGUGCCUAUGAUGACUUAACACAAAUGGUCCCAAUAAAUAGGUAAGCAGGUUUUGAUUCUUUGUAUUAUUUCAAACUCAUUGAUACAACUCUUAUUCCUACUGGAACAGAACAAAUGAUGAAAGUUUAAAAAUGGAUAUUUGAGGUGAUCUGAUUUCAUUAAAGUUUUGUUUAAAAUGAAUAUUUUCAUUAUAAAACAGUACAGUAACUUCACUUAUUAAUUUGGUACAUGCCAAUACUGAAAAGCUCAGGCUCUCCUCAGCUUUGAAGACACCAACUUUGAAAAUAGCAGCAGACUGUUUAACAAUUUGAGAAGUCAAGGAUUUAUGUUAGGCCUUCACCCCAACCAGUGAAUGAGAGAUCUAAGAGCCAGACUCGUAGGGUAUACUGUAUUCAUAAUGGCUCAUCACAUAACUGCCACUCUUGUGAGAGCACUGACUAUUGCUGACAAAGUUAUAUAUUGGAAUCUAGAUCAAGCCUGUUACGAAAAAGCAGUAUCUGGGUGUUUAAAAAAAACCUCUGACUACUUGCCAUGUAAAAAUAAAUGUAUGUUUGAUAGCUGGCUACAUACGACAGCUGUAACGUACAUUGAUCAUUUCAAGGUGGCAGUAACCAUCUUGCUAACACAUGGAAUUUCUCUUAUUGGACCAAUGUCUGUUGGUAAGAGACAAGGUUUUGAGCUACACAGAACUCUGGGAAAGAAGCAAAACUUUGUGUAGCUCAAAAGCUUGUCUUUUAUUGGACCAACUUCUGUUGGUGAAAGAGAUUACCUCACCCCCACCUCUCAUGGCUACAACAACACUGUAAACUACCUACAGUGGUUUAAAACAAACAAACAAAUUCCCCUUAAACUUAAGGUAACUUAACUUCAGCACCUGUAUGCAUUUCUGCAACAGAACUGGCUCUGUUAUUUAAAGUGAAAUUUUGUAAGCCUCUUUUAAUGUGAUGCAAGGUUUUAUUUUAAAUGUUACCUAUGACUCUGUCCAUAUUAGGUUUGAAAUAGUAGCCACAGCAGUAAGUAUCAUUGUGGAGGGCAGAAUUCUAAAACUUUCUUGCCCACUAUAGACAGGGAUUUUAUUCUGACACCUAUGUUAUCCAACUGGUAAACAGCAUUGUUGUUAGUAUGCUCAGAAUAAAAUCUCUCUCCACACCAGGUGAAGGAAAGCUCAUCUAGAACCUGCUAGCCAUGAUUUGACUUGUGGUUAACAGGUCUGGUUAACUUUUUAUUCACAUGGUGCACAGCAUUAGAUGUAUUCAAAGAAACUUAAGAGGUCUGUGGAUGGCAGCAGCGUUCUGAAGACUGCUCAACUUAUUCAGAGUCAGAAAAUGAGGUUACUGCCCCCCACCAUGUCUGUUUUAUGUAGUUUAUGUAUUUGUGCUUUGAGCCCUAUUGUACAGCAAAUUAUUACUGUUAUACAAAAAGCUAAACAAAUUAACCGGGUCUUUUUUCAGAACAAUAGAGUAAUAGCAGAAGUGUAUUACUAUUCUAUUACUAUUAAUAGAGUAAUAGCAGAAGUGUAUCUCAAACCAACAGAAGAAAGCUUGAAGUGAAGCCGUAAAUAUCUAGAAAGUUGUACUAUAGCACUGCUUUAAAGCAAAUGAGUUUAAAGUCUUGAAACCAGAAAUGUGGACUCUCUAAAUGCCACAACAAUGUAAAACUGGUUCUGUUUUCCUUUAAUAAAAGCAGGACUUAAAACAACUCUUACAGGUAAUUUAGACUUCCCAUAUAUAUUGUACACUGGAACCAGCAACCAGGGUAUCAAGAUUUUGCUGUAGGUUCAUUGUAAAUUCUCUUGAAUUUAUCUUCUCCUUUUCACAUUAGGAUCAUAUCUGCAGUAAGAGGGGGGGGGGGGGGGAAAUGUUAUAAGUAAACAGAUACCAACUAUUUAUUUCAGAUAUUCAAAGCUAAAAUGUUUGAUUUAAACAGUUAAAAGUUGACAUUUCCUUUUCUGAUAGGGUCAGGAGUACCCUCUACUCCCACCUAAGUCAACAGAUGUUGAGGACGUUCAGCCUCUUGCAGCACUGUUUUUUAUUGCCAGUAAAAUAAAGAGAGUUACACCUGAA